UUUGUUAUUUAGCCCAGGCCUGUGCCAGCCAGGAGUACGCUGAUCACCAUCAGUGGACGAAGCGAUCCGGAGGCAGGGACAGCAGCGCCUGCCUUCCCGUGCCAGGCCAUGGAGCCUGGAGACCCCACAGCACGCACCGCCCAGCUGUAAAGCGUACGGCGCGGACACACAGGGACUGCAGCCGAGUAACCUGGGAGCUGGGGCCACUCACGGGAGCAGCCUGUGCGAAGCAGGCAUGGCUCUGGAGAAAAUGGAGGUGGACGUGGAGAUCCAGGGCCCCCAGAGCGAGGGCAGUCUGAGAAGGUCCAACAGCGCCCCCCUCAUCAAUGGCCUCAGUGACAACGCACAGGUGUUUCAGCCGGAUUCGCUUCGCGCUCGGAGGAACAGCGCCACAGUCGCCAACCGCCGCAGUGUGAUACCAAUAUCAUCGCCUAUCCGCAUCCCCAGCAGCAGGCUGUAUCAGAUCAGAAGGGAAGAAUGUGUGGACCUAAUUAAUAGAGAAGCUGCGCACGAACGAGAAGUACAAUCUGCGAUGCAAAUGAGCAUUUCUUGGGAGGAGAGCCUUAGUCUGAGUAACGACCUUGCUAAGUUUGUGAAAUCAUCAUCUCCAAAGCGAGUAGAUUUUACUCCGGUUUCUCCCGCUCCUUCACCCACCAGAGGAAUAGGAAAGCAAUGUUUCUCUCCGUCUCUGAAAAUGUUCGUGAGCAGCAAUGGCUUACCUCCCAGCCCAAUCCCCAGUCCAACGAGGCGUUUCACUAUGAGAACAAGUCAAAGUCCAAGCAACUGCAUCAUACGUCCGAGUGUACUUGGUCCUAUAAAGAGGAAAGUUGACAUGGAAAUAGAAAGUCAACCAAAGAGACUUUUUCAAGGAACGACAAACAUGUUUUCCCCCGAUGUCACACACAUGUCAGAUUAUAGCUGCAUGUCUUCAGACCUUGAUAGCAGCAGCAGCGUGGGCUCAUCGGCCGGCUACGUGUCAAAGGGCAGCAGCUCCCCAGCGACUUGUUCCUUCAUGUCGAUGGAGGAUCACUCACCAAAGUGAGGGCCCCACAGAGACUUUAUUUUUGUUUGUUUUUUUCCCCUCUUUCCA